AUGGCAUCUACUAUCACAGGUGGGCUGGUAGACAACAUUGGAACAAUCGUACCAUCUCUGCACUUAGGGAACAAGGCUACACAACACAAGUUCGUUGUUGCACGCAACAUCACUCAUUCAGUUGUCCUUGGAUGGGACUUUAUUGACAGCCAGAAUGCCUGCAUAUCGCCAACAUCGUUCAACAUGCCUGGAAGUGUUAUUCCCUUCAUCGAUCGUCAGCAAUACCAAGCCCCGCUGAAAUGUAAAGUUUCUCUUGUUGGACAAGCUCGGAUUCCCCCAAGCUGCGAAACUCACGUCCAGGGAAGAUUGUCGUCGCCACAGUUCGACAUCGUACCAAGAGACUAUGAUGGCUACUUUGAACCUACAUUGCAAGAUCACAUUCCUGUUAUCGGUGCCAGAUCUCUGUUCAAGCCUCAAGAUGGUCUUAUUCUAGUACGCCUCAUUAAUCCCUCUGACGAAGCAGUCGAUCUACCUGCAGACACCUGCCUUGGUCAAUUCUUCUCCAUUACUGGGGAUACCGAAGAGGAAUACAAGAUCAUGAGCGUAACUACUGACGCUGAUCCACAAGUGACAGACAAGUCACCAGUUGCUGGUGUUCUCCCUUCUUCAGAACUCACGAGGACAGAGUACGAGAAAGCUGAACAUCUUCUUCAAACCUACAGUGAUAUUUUCAGCACGACGUCUCAGGAUAUUGGUCAGACCGACAUUAUUCAUCACCACAUUGACACCACCACAGCUACUCCAAUACGACAGAGGGCGUAUCGAACUUCACCAGCAAUGAGAGUGGAAAUUCAGGAGCAAGUGGACGAACUUCUGCAAAGAGGCAUCAUUGAAGAGAGCUUCAGCCCAUGGGCGAGCCCAAUCGUCAUGGUGAAGAAGAAGGACAACACAUACAGAUUUUGCGUGGAUUACAGAAAACUCAAUGCAGUAACUGUUAGAGAUUCUCACCCUAUUCCACGGCAAGAUGAUUCAAUUGACUCCCUUUCUUCAUCAGCAUAUUUCAGCGUCAUGGACUUAUCAAGUGGAUAUUGGCAGGUCAAGCUCGAUCCCCAAGAUACAGAGAAGACUGCUUUUACCACAGGCACAGGGCUUUACCAGUUCACUGUCAUGCCAUUCGGACUGGUCAACGCUCCCAUGACAUUUCAGCGUCUCAUGGAAGCCGUUCUACAUGGCCUCCACUGGUCUACAUGCCUUGUAUACCUUGAUGACUGCAUAGUCAUGGGCAAGGACUUCGAUGAUCAUUGCAAGAACCUCCAAGAAGUAUUUCAACGAUUCAGAGACGCUGGACUCAAACUCAAACCCUCAAAGUGUGGCUUUUUCAAGAAAGAAGUUACGUAUCUUGGCCACAUAAUCAACACCGAAGGAGUGAAACCUGACCCAAACAACGUUGAGAAAGUCAAGUCCUGGCCUCAGCCGAGGACACCGACUGAUGUCCGAUCCUUCCUUGGCCUGGCAUCUUUCUACCGACGUUUUGUGCCAAGUUUCUCUAAGAUUGCAACUCCCUUGUCGACCCUUACACAAAAAGGUCAACAGUUUGUAUGGACAGCAGAGUGUGAAAAUGCUUUUCAACAUCUGAAAGAAGCUCUAACCAAUCCACCUCUCCUCGCCUAUCCAGACUUUGAAAAGGAGUUCAUCCUAUCUUCGGAUGCAUCCCUUCAUGCAGUUGGUGCUGUCCUCUCACAGACUCAAGAUGGUAAAGAACGUGUAAUCUCCUACUUCAGCCAAACUCUCAGCGCUACGCAGAAGAAAUGGUCUACCUAUGAUCGAGAGCUCUGGGCAAUUGUUACAGCUGUUCGCCAUUUUCGUCAUUAUCUGAGACACCAACACUUCACUAUCCUGACAGACCACAAACCUCUUUUGGCUCUCAGGAAGUUCCCAAUUCAAGACGAUGCAACUGGGAAGAGGACACGAUGGAUAUUGGAACUCAAUUCCUACACGUUCAGCCUUAUUCACAAGAAAGGACAAUCACACAGAAAUGCAGAUGCAUUAUCUAGACGCCCGAGUCAAGAGAGCCAAGUCACUCCAAGAUUGACGGAUCAGCUACUCAAGCACAUGGUGACCAAUCCACUGUGUAAUGCAGUCGAGACUCGUUCAUCAAGAUCACGACUAUCAACAGACGCAUCUACUCCCAAUGAUUCAACGAGGCAGUCUGCACCAAACGUCCUUCAUCCUUAUCGUGGUGUAAUCCUUGACAGUGAUGUAGAUGUUCAACAUGAACAGCAACUAGAUCAAGACAUCAGUACAGUCAUCGAAUGCGUCAACAAUGGUGAGCGGCCAACCAUUCGACAGAUCCGUAGACACAACCCCCGAGUUAGACGUCUCUUGUGGCAGUAUCCCAAAUUCAUCCUGCAAGACGGUAUACUCUACAGGAAGAAGAAAGACAAGCUUGGUAAUCUCUCAUUCCAACUUGUCGUACCAAACUCCCUCAUUCCAAGGGUACUCCAAGAGUUACACGGUGACCCAUCAUCCGGACAUUUCGGCGCUCAUCGCACAAUACAGAGAGCAGAGUCAAUGUGCUAUUGGCCCUUCAUGAACAAGGAAAUCACUGAUUUCUGCAACACAUGCACAGCUUGCGAGUCCUUCCGGUUACCAACCCCUAAGCAUCAAGCACCCUUACGUCCCAUUACCACUACUCGCCCUUUGGAGAUGGUUUUUGCCGACAUUGCUGAGCUUCCAAGUUCAAGACGAGGAUUUCGCUAUAUACUCGUUGUGACUGAUCAUUUCAGCAAAUAUGUCAAUAUCUUCCCAAUGAAAGAUCAGACUGCUCCAACCAUCGCCAAACAUUUGUUCGAAGAAUAUGUGAAAGAACAUGGUAUUCCAGAGACUUUGCACACCGACCAAGGUCGACAGUUCGAGUCCAGAUUAGUGCAAGAACUAUGCAGCAAAUUGGGCAUCAAAAAGUCUAGAUCGACACCCUAUCAUCCCCAAGGAGCUGGCAUAGUCGAACGAUGUAAUCGCACCAUCAAAGAUCAACUUGCGAAGUACAUUUCUCAUCAAGGAGGAGAAUGGGACACUCACAUCAAUCAAGUCCAGUUAGCGUACAACACAAGUACUCACGCCUCAACAGGUUUGACGCCAUACUACAUCAUGCAUGGCAGGGAAGCCCGUACACCUGCGAACAUCACCUGUUCAACUCCCCCUCCAUCGUCAUCUGGCAAGACACUCCUCGAAUACACAACCAACCUGUCUGAGCGAUUGAGAAAAGCAUGGGAGUACACCAUACAGAAUACACGACAGCAACAGCAACAACAGAAACAACAGUAUGAUGUGAAGAAACGCAUUUCAAAGUAUGACACAGGUGACUUUGUUUGGUUACAUGACCCAACCAACAUCAGGAACAAACUUGAACCAAACUGGAAAGGUCCUUUCAGAGUAUCUUCCUCAUCAGAUGAUGGACUAAAUUAUGACAUAGUUCAUGUCCAUGAUGAAAAGUUCAAGCGACGGGUCCAUCAUAAUCGUUUGAAACCGCAUCGAGCUAGAGCCCCACAAGUGAUGUCAACUCCACCAUCCCCACCAACCCCACAGCCUACGUCAAUACAUGGGACUGAGAGGACAACGACACAGUACCCACCAGGUCCCCCAGCAGAAGACGAGACUAGGAGAAAGGUGCAGUCAAAUCAACCUACUAGCCAUGGACCAGCCUACAUCACGUGGUCAUCUCGACCACCAGAUCGCAUCCUCCAUCACGAGCAGUCGAACCAUGACCGACCAUCACGGUCAAGUUUGUCUGUUCGGCAACAAGCCUCAAACCAGCAAACCAGUUCAACAGAACGCAUCCUCCAUCACCGACAGUCAGACCAUGACCAAACAUCACGGUCAAGUUUGUCUGUUCGGCAACAAGCAUCAAACCAGCCAACCAAUUCUAGCCACCAAUCCAGGCUAAUUGACUCAGCCCCACCUCAGCAACAACCUAGGCCAUCCCUGCCGACUACCCAAACCCAACAUCAGCUGUCCUCGCCGACUCACCUGCCAGGGUAUGUAGGUGACUUUGACAAGCUCAAGGCCAAGGGUGCAGAGGUCAUCGCCUGCGUGGCCGUCAACGACCCUUUUGUAAUGGCUGCAUGGGGGAAGGCACAUGAAGCCGACGGCAAGGUCAGAAUGCUAGCUGAUCUACAUGGGGAGUUUACAAAGGCGGUUGAUAUGGUCCUCGAUGCUACUCCAUUCCUUGGAAACAAACGAUCAAAGAGAUAUUCCCUCGUUAUCAAGGACGGAAAUGUGGUAGCAGUCAAUGAAGAACCAGAUGGUACCGGUUUGACCUGCAGUCUGGCCGACAAUGUGCUCAAGCAACUGUGACAGAUGAAAACCGGAUCAGUCCAUUCUAAAAUGUAGAGUAGGUCAGGUUUAAUCCACAGAUUAAUGGAGCAC